GUUCCCCCCUUCCUCCCCCUCAGGACAUGGCGAAGAGCCUGAGGAGCAAAUGGAAGAGGAAGAUGCGGGCGGAGAAGAGGAAGAAGAACGCGCCCAGGGAACUGGAGAGGCUGAAAAAGAUCUUGGGAACCAACGCGGACGUCGUCAUGGAGGAGGUCAAGGAGGUGGCGACCGUGCUGCCUGCCAGGAAAUACCUUUCUUUUUCAGAUGAUGGCAAAAUGGACGUAGAUAAUAAACGAAACAAAAAAACUCUUCUAGACCAUCAUGGACAGUACCCAAUAUGGAUGAAUUCCAGGCAGAAAAAGAAGCUUAAGGCACAGCGUGUUAAAGGGAAAAAAAAGUCAAAACUGGCCAAGGGCCUAGUCUGGUAAAAUUGGAGUUUUGUAAGAUCAUGAAUACUUUACACACAAAAUAAUUAUCCCAAAUAAGUACAUGAUAUU